AUGAUUUCAGGCGUACCCGAUCGUUGGAAGCUUGUUGCAUCUUCUUUCUCACCAACGCUGAAUGCAAGCUAUCCCACUCCGAGUACAUUGUCAGCCGAGUCCACAGAUACUAGAGGCUCAUCCCCCCAGCCGCCGGCGUCUACGCCGGUUGACAAAGAGAAAAUUAUUCGGGGGCCUGUUGACUAUCUGUUAAAAUGUCCUGGAAAGGAUAUCCGUCGCAAGUUCAUGCAAGCCUUCAAUGAAUGGUUACGAAUUCCAGAGGACCGGUUGGACAUCAUCGCGGAAAUUGUUGGUUUACUGCACACCGCGUCUCUCUUGUACGUGAGCGUCCACUUAGGAAGGAUCGAUGACAUUCAAGAUUCAUCCAAGCUGCGACGAGGGAUACCAGUAGCCCAUUCCGUAUUCGGUGUCGCGCAAACUAUUAACUCCGCCAACUACGCCUACUUCGCCGCCCAGGAGAAGCUCAGAGAGCUCAACCGCCCCAAGGCGUACGAGGUCUUUACUGAAGAGCUACUCCGUUUACAUCGGGGGCAGGGUAUGGAUCUAUAUUGGCGAGACUCCCUAACCUGCCCCACCGAAGAAGAGUACAUCGAGAUGAUUUCGAACAAGACGGGUGGCCUCUUCCGGUUGGCAAUCAAGCUAAUGCAGCUCGAAAGUGAGAUAUCAAGCGAUUUCCUCGGGCUUGUCGAUCUUUUGGGUAUCAUCUUUCAGAUCCGUGACGACUAUCAGAAUCUCCAAAGUGACCUGUACAGCAAAAACAAAGGGUUCUGUGAAGACCUCACGGAGGGUAAAUUUUCGUUUCUGAUCAUCCACAGCAUCCACAGUAACCCAGGUAAUCAACAACUGCUCAAUAUCCUCCGACAGCGGAGCGAGGAGGAGUCGGUCAAGAAGUACGCUGUGGAAUAUAUUCGGUCCACAGGAUCUUUCGACUUCUGUCAAGAGCGACUGGCAUCCUUGCUGCAUGAAGCGAAACUGAUGGUCAACGUACUGGAAGAGAACGUUGGGUUUUCCAAAGGGAUCUAUGACAUCUUAGCUUUCUUACUGUGA